CGCUACUGGCGUCAGAUGGCGCUAUGUACUCGAAAACUCCUAUUUCGUUUCUAUUGCUCGUCAUUUAGUGGACAAGCAGCCUCGAAGCGUGUGUGGGAGAUUCGUGACGAGACCCACGUGGGAGAUCAUAACUUGGAACCUACGAACAUAACCUCGCCUGAUUUGCGUGUAAAGAUAAACAUAAGGAUUACGUUAAACGAACGAAAAAGAUUAAGACGGUGUGAGCUCGCUUGGCUCGAAUUGACUUUCGUGUACUCCAAGAAGAUGGGUAAGCUGGGGCCGCGUUUGGCCAGCAGGAAGAAAGCGAAGCGAUGGGCGAAGGGUCAGAGUUCGAGCUCGAACCCGGAGACCACCAAGUACCGUCAGCAGGCCGCCGGGAUAUUCUUCAAGGUCCUGCCGAGCGGUACUCCGGGCAUCACGAAGGAAGAUCUGCAGAAACACGACGCCAUGCAGGGCAUCGAGCCGCAGAUAGCCAAGCUCGGCAUCGACGAGGCGAAGGAUCCGACGGAGAGCACGGCGAUGGGCACUUCAGUGAAGACCUUCGACACGUUCGCCAGCAGCUACAGCAACUGCUCCAACCUCUCCUUCAGCAGGUUCCUCGAGCACUUCCAGUCGAACUCGAUCUUGCACAAAGAGAUGCUGGCGGUGCUGUCGGCGGUGACAGACGUCAUCCAGCAGAACGGCGGCGCUCAAACCUCGACGGAGUACUUCGCCGCGCUGAUGAGUACCCUGGAGGCGGUGGAGGACGACACCUCCGUGGCCGCCACGGUGUCCCUGCUGGGCAUGGGUCUCAAGGCCGUGCCGAGGAACGUGCUGAACUCGCGGUUCGGCGCGACCAGCCAGGUCCUCCUGCAGAUCCUCAGCAGGUACGCCGUGACCGAGAACUCCCUCAUCCUGCGGCACUGCAUAGGCUGCCUGUCGGUGCUGCUAAGAGCACAGGAGGCCGCCGUCUGGACGGAGCUUUCGACUAUCCAGGUCCUGGACGCCGUGCUCUCCUUCACCACUCACGCUAAGCCGAAGGUGCGGAAGUCCGCGCAGCACGCGAUACGCGCGAUGCUGAAGGGCAGCGACAUUAUGAAGAGCGAGAAGCCGCCGAGCCACCACCCUGCCGCCGCCCACGUAGCCCAGCACUGCGUCGCGGCGAUGAACGCGGCCUGCGAGCCGGGCGGCAUCACGACGAUUCUGCACGUGCUGUCCUUGCUGAAGGACGUGGCGCACCAGUUCCCGCGCUCGCACGUCAAGAGCAUCUGCGAGGGCCUGCUGCGCAUCAUGACGCUGAAGAACGCGCUGACGACGUCCUGCUGCCUGCAGACACUGCACGGCCUCUUCGUCUCGAGGCCGUCCGAGGCGUCGCUGCCGGCCCAGAGGAACGCCCAGAUCAUCACCGCCCUGUACGACUACCAGCCGCCGGCGAGCGACGGCCAGCCGACGCUUGCGUGGCUGGCGGUGAUGCAGGAGGCCCACUGCAACCUGGCCCGCUGCUCGCUGAGCCUGUGCGCGGCCGUGCUGCCCCGCAUGCUGGAGAAGUGCGCCGAGCUCUGGCUGGCCGACAAGGCGGACGUGAUCACCGGCACGUCCCACGUCGUCAAGACGAUGCUGCAGGAGUGCGUGGCGCCGCUCUGCGAGGACGAGACGCGGGGGUACGACUCCACCCUGCGCCAGGUAGUCGCGACGAUGCGCAAGGCGCUGAGCUACCAGUACCUCGGAGCUUGGCACCAUGUGCUCCACCUGGUGGCCGUGCUCUUCCGCACCGUCGGCGAACGGAAGCCGCCGGGACUCGUGGAGAUCGUGCGGUCGUUGGGGGAGCUGCGGGACUCGCACAACUUCGCGCACAACAGCGACGCGGAGUACGCGAUCGGGGCGGCGAUCAGAGCGAUGGGGCCGCGAGCGGUGCUGGAGGUGUUGCCUCUGCACGUCCACGGCGACGCGGUCGACCUGAGGAGGGGUUGGCUGAUCCCGCUGAUGAAGGACUGCAUCACUGGCGGCAGCAUCUCAUUCUUCACCGAGUGCCUCCUGCCGGUCGCACAGCUGUGCGAGCAGAAAGCGAGGAGGGAGCCGGUGAACAGCAAGACGUACGAGUUCCUGGUGCCGCAGAUCUGGUCGAUCCUGCCGAGCAUAUGCAGCGACGCCAGCGACGUGAGUGAGAAUUUCAAGGGCAUCGCCCAGAAGCUCGGUAUGAUCAUCAACCAGCGUAAGGAGCUCAGGCUGCCCGUGCUGGCGGCCCUGAGGAGGCUGAUCGUCCAGGCGACCCAGAGCGAGAAGACGGCCGAUACCGGCGAGCUCGCGCGCUUCGCCAAGAACUACCUGCCGAUCCUCUUCAACCUGUACACCACGAGAUCGUGCGGCACCGACGAGGAGGGCCAGCGUCUCGCCGCUUUCGACACUGUCAAGGUCUACCUGACGAUCGCGAGCAAGGAGCUGGCGAACGAGCUGUUCGACCGCGCGCUCAGCAAGCUCAGCGAGCCGGCCGGCACGGACGACUUCGCGAAGGAGAGCAUCUACGACCUGAUCAGGGUGCUGAUCGGCUACACGGACGCCGAUAGGCUGAAAGGUUACUACGACAUGUGCGUGCCGUUCCUCAGGGACGACGGCAAGCAGAAGGAGCAGAAGAAGGCCUACCGCUUCCUGGAGGAGGUGUGCGGCAGCGACAGGGAGGGCUGCAAGAGCUUCCUCGAGGAGCACAGACGUGAGAUACAGAAGAUGCUGAUGUCCACGGCGACGAGCGUGAUCAAGACGAGCAGGGGGCCGCGUCUCAAGUGCCUGAUCCACCUGGUGAAGCGGCAUCCGCAGCUGGAGAGGACCAAGUUCCUCGACGCCGUACUGCCGGAGGCCGUGCUCGCCGUCAAGGACGUCAAUCAGAAGUGCCGCAGCACGGCGUACCAGUUACUCAAUGUCAUCGCCGAGAAGUUCCUCGACCGGCCGGGGCUCAUGCGGGAGUACACGAGCAAGCUGACCGUCGGCAUCGCCGGCGGCGACAAGUACUGCAGCGCCACUCUCCUCGCCCUGGCCUCUCUCACUUACAAUUACGAGAGCUCCCUCAGUCCCGAGACCAUCCAGGAGAUCGUAGAGUUCGCCUGCACGAUCCUGACGAGCUCCACGAGGGAGACCGUGGAGUCCGCGCUUUCCUACCUGAAGGUGUACCUCGGCGCGGUGCCGCGCUCCACGGUGCAACCGAUGCUGCCGAAGAUCGUCCGCGCCCUGUCGGAUAUGAAGGAGGACUGCCACCGGCAUUUCCGGCAGAAGAUGCGCGACGUCAUCAGCAAGCUGAUCAGAAAUUACGGCGUCACCGCGAUACUGGAGCUCCUGCCGAGCGGGGACGUGCUCCUGCGGAAAAGACUGAACAGCAUCAACAAGAUCGAGAAGACCAAGUGCAAGAGGCGGGAGGAGAAGUGGUUGAAGCGGAAGGCGGAGAGGGAGAAGGUCGACAACGACUUCAACGUCAAGAGGCGGCCCAAGAGCAUCGAGGAGAUACUGGCCGACAGCGACGAGGAGUUCGAGGCGACCGAGAGCGAGGAGCCGAAGAAGAACAAGAAGAGGACGUCGAGGAAGGAGGCCUGGAUCCAAGAGAACGAGGAGAACAUAGUCGAUCUCAUCGAUCCAGCGGCCGCGAGGAACAUCACAACCACUCAACCGGGAUUGCCUAAUCCGAAGGUUUCGGGCAAGAAAGUGAAGGAUCAGGACUUUAAGAUCGCGCCGGACGGUCGCUUCAUCAUUACAGAUAGCAACGAGAGGGACAGCGAUGUGGAAGGUAAGAAAAAGAAGAGGAAGAAGACUCCCUUCCCGCAAGAAGAUUCGAAUGACGAUUGGGAGGGCGAUUCGGGAGACGACGGCAAGGAUGAGGACGACGCACGGAUGACGAAAACCGCCAGAAAACGCAAACACAACGAUGUGGAUUCGGACGUGAUCAGCUUGAAGAGCCAAUCGACGUCGAAAUAUCAAACCGGCGGCUCGGGCAUUCAUCGGCCGUUGAAGACGAGGAAAGUCGAAGACGUACUUCCUGGUUCGGAAUUCCGCACGACAAAGGCCGGAGGAGACAUGAAGAAGAAAGGUAAACCAGACCCUUAUGCAUACCUACCUCUGACGAGAGCGGUAUUGAACAAAAGAAAGAAGAAGAAGAAUGCAGGCAAGUUUCAGAGCAUCGUUUCUGGGGCGAAGAAGGGUGCGCGCAUAGGAAUGAAGAACAAACGAAAAAAGCACUAGAGAUUAGAGAGAAGAGUUAAUUAAUUUAUAUAUAUAAGUAAUAAUAAUUAUAAUAAAAAUAAAUUUAAUUGAUAAUAUUAUCUUACAAGAUCUUGUAUCAUAAAUGUAUGAUAUCGUAUACGUUGUAUCAUAAAUUUACCAUGAAAUUCGGCAGUGAGAAAAUUCUCAAGGGACUUCGAAGAUCAAUGCGAAUUGUAAAAACGGCUUUUGUUGUACCGAGAAUCAGUUUAUUUGUAUCCGUUAUGAUGCAUUGUAAUUCCUUUUUCUUUCUGUAAAUUGUAUGAAAUGCAGAUCUUUAUUAAACCUCUCUGUUGAACACA